UAAAAAUAAUCCUCCCCAUCACCGCCUUCAAACUUCCGACACAGUUUCUACUCAUAAGUACCCCGCCGCCGCCAAAACAUGCUCCGCAACCUGCCGUCGCGGCGGCGUCCACGAUAUGGAGCUCAACUCUGUGCCGUAGCGGCUGCGAUUCUCCUUCUUCUCUCCGUCUCCCUUCUCUACACCCGCCUCAAUUUCUUCCACUCCAACCAACUGCAUUCAUACCCCAGCCUCUACGACGCCGUUUCACUAAAUAACCCGCUUACCGACGACCUAGCUGACUCUGAUUUCCGCUCCUCCCCCUCUGAUGACCGCAUCGACGAGCUUGAUGACGCAGUUCAGCUCAACGUGAACGACGAGGAAAAUCUAGCGACGGAUGAGGAAGAUGGAGAUGAAAUUAAUCAAAAGUCGAAGGUCUCGUCCAGGACCUACUUCUAUGACCAUCAACUCGGCGUGAUUAGGAGGGCCUUAAACAAGCGGUCAAUUGAAGAAUGGGAAGAUUACGUGAACUUUGAAUCGAGCUUCAAAUUAGGGUUUGGGUAUGAGGUUGAUGAAUCUAAGCACGCCAUUGCAUCGGAUGAUUUGCCAGUAGAUGAGAAGAUGCGGAAGAAGUUGAGCGAAGUAAGGAACAUUGAGGAUGCACUUUUAUUGAAGGGGUCGCCAUUGAGGGAAGGUUGGGGAGACUGGUUUGAUAAGAAAAGCGACUUCUUGAGGAGGGAUCGCAUGUUCAGGUCAAACUUGGAAAGCUUGAACCCGAAUAAUAAUCCGAUGUUGCAGGACCCUGAUGGGUCCGGAUUGACUGGAUUGACUAGAGGGGAUAGGCUUGUGAUCAAAGGAUUGAUGAAUGAGUUUAAAAACGUCCCAUUCUUGGUUGAAAAGACUCCACCGGUCUCAGGUUCAGAUAACUCCAGAUUAGCAGAAAAUGACGUCCUGGGUACCCAUAACAAGGUAAAAGCUGUAGAAGACACUAAUUCGAGCAUGAAAACCUUGCAAUCCGAUUCAGAACUAUUGAGAAUGAAAGGUGAUGUUUUGAAAGAGAAGUGAUAUUGAGUUUGCUAUGAAGGGGGAAGUGAAAUCUUGAGAGCUGAAGGGAGGAGUUUAAAAGAACACAAUCACUUACAUAUUGAAAGAGUUGGUGAUUAUAAAGCACGAAAACUCUCUGCAGCUCACAUUUCCCCAUUUCAGAAACUUGGAAACCCCAAACUCCCCUUUCGGGGCCGCUUCUGUAAUUAAGAAGAAUUGGAAAACCUGUUUUCCUAAAUAAUUAGCGUUCCAGAAGCCUUGUGUUUCCAUUUUUUCUUUUUAAGAUAUUUUGUGAUGGAAAAUAGUUUCAUAUUUACAAAAGUUAGUGAACUUUCGUGGUAUUUCUUCGUAGCAACAUUGUGACAUUUCAUAACGCAAUGCAUUGCUAGAAUUGUAUUGUAUUUUAUGUUCAAUUAUGUACUAAUAUGUAUGAUUUUUUAGUGCUAAGCGAUUUGUUAUCA